UCCUUACGCUUUCUCUUCUGGUUAGGCCUUGACUGCACGCUCUGUUUGAUUCGAUUUUCGCUCGAGGAAGAUAGAUCUGCGAGGCUGCAAGCUCGAGUGAUUAGCAAUGGGAGUUCCCGCGUUCUAUCGGUGGUUAGCUGAGAAGUAUCCAAUGGUGGUGGUGGAUGUAAUCGAGGAAGAACCUGUGGUUAUAGACGGUGUUAAGAUUCCGGUGGAUACGAGUAAACCUAACCCUAACAACAUUGAAUACGAUAAUUUGUAUCUCGACAUGAACGGGAUUAUUCAUCCUUGCUUCCACCCCGAAGACAGGCCUUCCCCAACCUCUUUCGAUGAGGUAUUCCAGUGCAUGUUUGACUACAUUGAUAGAUUGUUUGUGAUGGUGAGACCUCGAAAGUUGCUAUACAUGGCAAUUGAUGGUGUUGCUCCUCGGGCUAAAAUGAAUCAGCAACGAUCUAGGCGAUUUAGAGCAGCUAAAGAUGCAGCUGAUGCGGCAGCUGAGGAAGAGAGGCUAAGAGAGGAGUUUGAGAGGGAGGGCAGAAACCUACCACCUAAAGAGGGCUCACAGGUUUUUGAUUCCAAUGUUAUCACUCCUGGAACUGAGUUUAUGGCUGUUCUGUCAAUUGCACUGCAGUACUACAUUCAUCUUAGACUAAAUUAUGAUCCUGGCUGGAAAAAAAUUAAGGUUAUCCUUUCUGAUGCAAAUGUUCCUGGUGAAGGGGAACACAAGAUUAUGUCAUACAUUCGUCUUCAGAGAAAUCUUCCUGGUUACAAUCCAAAUACACGCCAUUGCCUGUGUGGUUUGGAUGCAGAUCUGAUUAUGUUGGCUUUGGCUACCCAUGAAGUUCAUUUUUCAAUUCUUAGAGAGAUUGUUUUUACGCCUGGCCAACAAGAUAAAUGCUUCCUAUGUGGUCAAAUGGGCCAUUUAGCAGCAGAUUGUGAAGGAAAGGCGAAGAGGAAGUCAGGGGAGUUUGAUGAGAAAGGUGAUGAGAAUGUUGUGGUAAAAAAGCCAUACCAGUUUCUCAAUAUUUGGACACUUAGAGAGUAUCUGGAAUAUGAAAUGAGAAUUCCUAACCCACCAUUUAAGAUUGAUUUGGAAUGCAUUGUGGAUGAUUUUAUAUUCAUGUGUUUCUUUGUUGGCAAUGAUUUUUUGCCACAUAUGCCCACAUUGGAGAUUCGCGAGGGUGCAAUCAACUUGCUGAUGGCAGUAUACAAGAAGGAAUUUAGGACAAUGGAUGGGUAUCUGACCAAUGCAAGCAAGCCAAAUUUGAGCAGGGUGGAGCAUUUCAUUCAAGCAGUGGGAUCAUAUGAAGAUAAAAUAUUCCUCAAAAGAGCACGUUUGCACCAGCGGCAGUCAGAAAGAAUAAAGCGGGAAAAGGCACAGGCGAGAAGGGGAGACGAUGUAGCGCCUCAAGUUCAACCUGAUUCUUUGGUUCCAGUUGCUAGAUUUCGUGGUUCUCGUCUUGCUUCUGCUCCUUCACCUUCGCCAUUUCAGCAGAGUUUAGAGAGCUCAAUUUCUUUUAGUAAAGAAAACCAGCAUGGACGGACUGCAGAUGGUCGGGCCCAUAAAGUUACUCGUUUUUCUUCAUCAGCUAGUGUUGGUGCUGCCAUUGUUGAAGCAGAGAACAGUCUGGAAAUAGAAGUAAACGAAAAUAAGGAAGAAUUGAAAACUAAGCUUAAGGAGAUACUUCGCGAGAAGAAUGAUGUUUUUAACUCAAAAAAUCCAGAAGAAGACAAGGUAAAAUUGGGAGAACCAGGGUGGAAGGAAAGGUAUUAUGAAGAAAAAUUUUCUGUAAAAACUCCUGAGGAACUUGAAAACAUACGGAAAGAUGUUGUUUUGAGGUACACUGAAGGGCUAUGUUGGGUCAUGCACUAUUACUAUGAAGGAGUUUGUUCUUGGCAGUGGUUUUAUCCCUAUCAUUAUGCACCCUUUGCUUCUGAUCUCAAAGAUCUAGAUCAGAUGAACAUUGAAUUUGAACUGGGCUCCCCAUUCAAACCAUUCGAUCAGCUUAUGGGAGUUUUUCCUGCUGCAAGUGCCCAUGCUCUUCCUGUGCAUUAUAGAAAGUUGAUGACUGAUCCAAAUUCACCUAUUAUUGAUUUUUACCCUACUGAUUUUGAAGUGGACAUGAAUGGAAAGCGGUAUGCAUGGCAGGGUAUUGCAAAGUUGCCCUUCAUUGAUGAGGCUCGCCUUCUUGUGGAGGUCAAAAAGAUUGAACAUACGCUAACGGAGGAGGAAGCAAGGAGAAACAGUAUGAUGUUUGACAUGCUUUUUGUGUUAUCAUCUCAUUCUCUUGCUGAGAGUAUAUAUUUACUUGAUAAUCACUAUAAACAAUUAACGGACAAAGAACGAGUUGAAGUCAAGGAACGUGUUAAUCCUGAGUUAAGGGCUACAUGCAGUGAUGGGAUGAAUGGCUACAUAUCCCCUUGCUCUGGAGAUACUCAUCCUCCUAUAUUCAGGUCUCCGGUUGCAGGGAUGGAAGACAUUUUGGACAAUGAAGUCGUAUGUGCUAUAUACAGGCUCCCUGACCCACAUAAACACAUAACCCGACCACCUGUUGGGGUCAUAUUCCCUAAGAAGAUGGUAAAUGCAGGGGAUCUGAAACCUGAACCUGUUCUGUGGCAUGAAGAUUCUGGGAGGAGGCCUUGGGAAAGUGAAAGGCAUAACCCCCCUGGAACUGUCUCUGGCCGUCAGCUUGGGGAAGCAUCACAUCGACUUGUCGUUAAUAGUUUACAAUUAAAGGUAGAUCGCAAUGGUUAUGCCAAUCAUUUUCAUGCCUCACCACCACCUUAUGCUGCUGCUGCUCAUGUUACAUCACACUAUUCCUAUACAAAUGGGUUGCAUGAUCCUGGAAGACAUGGAAAUGUGCAGCCUAGAAGGGAUUAUUCUCAUGCUGGUCAACAUAGGUCUUCAAAUCUUACUCACUAUAACCGAGGUUCCGGUCAGCCCUAUGGUUCUUCAGGUGCCAACCCCCAUUAUAAUGGGUUUAAUCCUCAAUAUGAAAGAGAUAACCGAUCAAGUGGACAGCAUUCAAGGCAGGUUUAUCACCCACCAGAAUUUCAUCAGAAUAGUGGACCACAGCACCGCCAUGGUUCCAUUACUCAAAUAUCAUCUGGGGCCACUGCCUAUGGUUUUCAAGGUGGUUAUGAUGGCUAUCAGAGCCAUCAAUCACCUGGAGUUGGUAGUCAACAGUGGGGUGAUGGUUUCCCUCCUCUGGUUGAUCAGAAUGUUCCUAGGGGUUAUAAUCACCACCAACAAGGGGGUAACAGAUAUUCUGCAUUAGACUCAAGAGGAGGUAGGAUGCCACCAUCUGGUGCCGGUGGUCCUAGUAGGAGGCCGCCACAGCAUUUAACUCAUGGUGGAGCAAAUAGGAGGCCAAUGCAGCCGCCACCUGGUGGAGCUGGUGGGUUUCACCAGCCACCACCUCAUAGUUAUGGAAAUAGGGGGCCUAGGCCUCCACCUGGUAAGAGGCCACCAGCUGCUGGGUAUGGCCACCGAUAGAAUUAUUUAUCAUCACAGGAAGCAUACCUUCAAAGCUGUAAAAUGGUUAGUUUUUGUUGGUUUGUCAUUCGUCAUUUCAUUACAACAUCUUUCUAGGUUUAGCCAUUUCUUGUAUUUUUUUUUAAGUGUGUUGUAUUCUUCUAAGUGGCACUGGUCGAUUCUUCAUGAUAGACAGUUAAGUCCUUAUGCGUACCUCUUAACACAUGCCUCAACGAAUUCCGAAGAGCAAUUGAUUGGUUCGAUAAA